GCUACUUCGUUCUAUUUGUUUUUUUUCUUCACACCCAAGUCCCGCUGACACUGGACCCCACCAGGUCAUCUCCUUCCUCGGGUUGUACUCCUGUUAACGCACGAUGCCGAGUCAACCGACUCCAAUCCUCGUUGACUCGUCUCUGUUUCUGAUCCUUCUACCACGACCAACCCCAUAUAAUUUCCGCCCGAGUCCUCCUCUACCGAUUUUCGCCAAAACGGAGUUCUCCCGUGCCCUAGAACGGCUGUUCGAUCUCACCGGAGUUCAGCCGCUGUUGACCUCCACCAUCGUCGUUUCCGUCGUCGACAGGGGGGGAGCACCAGGACGCCGCCCACGAGCCCAACCCGAAGAAGAUCGCCGCCGCCCCAAAGCUCCUGUCGCCGUCGAUUCUGUCGCGUCUGGACGCAUCCAAACCGAGAACAUCGAGCUCGACCCGAAGCUCCACUCCGACGUCGCCGUCCAGCCGGUCCUCGCGGACGCUAGCAGAAGCUCCGGUCGCCCAGGGGCACAUAUUCGAGUUCGCUGUGUUCCUCCUCACCUCGUCCUGUUCUCCCCUAGCUUGGGAGACCUCUCCAGCGAGCGCACGCUCGAAGUCCGAGCCGGCCACGCCGUCUUCCUCAACUCCGGCGGCCAUCGAGCCAUGUCUCUCCAUGUCCAGAAUGUGAAGCGGAUCAGAAUUAAGCGUUAGAGUACUUCAACAUCGUUCAAGGCAAGUUUGCACUUUUGAUCUUGCUCAUCCUAUAUUCUGCUAUGCAUGUGUGAUUUUUAUGCUAUUACAUGUGCUUGGUUUGAUCUGUAUGUUCUCUGUUGUCAUAUUCUGAUAUUGAUUGUGUUAUGUGAUGGUGUGAUCAACUUGCUAUGGUAGACGUGGGCAUGUGUCGAGUGAUGCAUGGAAGUGGUGAGUGUUUAUAGCUGUAGGUUCCGGACUUUGACUCGGGUGAAUGCGUCAAUGGCUGAGCGCUCUAUUGUCCCUAGAGAAUGCGCCAUGACUGAGUGCACUUGAGUUGUCGGGGCUUUUUCUCAUGUGAAUGCAUCACUGGCUGAGCGCUCUAUUGUCCCUAGAGAAUGCGCCAGGGCUGAGCGCACUUGAGACAUCUUGAAGAUCCUUAAUGUUUGCACCUUGCCUAUGUCGUGGAGGUAGGUGAAGAUAGUUUUACGCGAAACCAAACUUGAGUGUUUUGUUUGUCAUACU